AUGUCAAAGUCUUCUCUUGCCAUGAUUGCCGCCCUCAGCGCUGGAGGCGGCGCCGCCAUCACGGCUGCCGUUUUUUCAAUGCGCUCUGACAAGAAGCCCGAAAUCGCCAGACAACCUACUGCCACUACCGCUCAAGCUCCUACUGGAGUCUCCUCCGCCAUUCCUCCUACCCAAGUCUUCGCCCCUACCGCCCCCAACGCUCUCACCAGCCCCGUCGACCCUGCUGGUCUCUUCGAAUAUGGCUUCCCCGGCCCCAUCUCUGACGUUGCUGCCAGAUCAGCUCUUAUUUCGAGCUAUGACCGCCGCAUGCGAAACCCCCAGUGGGUUGUCGAGCACAUAACCCCCGCCUCGCUUGCCAAGCGCGACGCAGACCGCAAACACAGCAACUUUGUCGAGGACGACGCCAUCCCGACCAAGUUCCGAGGCCUCCUCAAGGACUACUACCGCAGCGGAUACGACCGUGGCCAUCAGGUUCCUGCCGCUGACGCCAAGUGGUCCCAAAAGGCCAUGGAUGACACCUUUUAUCUCAGCAACAUGUGCCCUCAAGUUGGCGAGGGCUUCAACCGAGACUACUGGGCACAUUUUGAGGACUUUUGCCGUCGCUUGACGCAGCGAUAUCCUUCGGUCCGCAUCGUUACCGGACCCCUCUACCUUCCCCGCAAGGACCCCGUCGAUAACAAGUGGUACGUCAAGUACGAGAUGAUUGGUAGCCCACCAUCCGUUGCCGUACCCACGCACUUUUACAAGGUCAUCUUUGCUGAGGACGGCCGUGCGGGAGGCAACGUCGCUAUUGGCGCCUUUGUACUUCCCAACGCACCCAUCUCCAACGAUAAGCCUAUUACCGAUUUUGAAGUCCCCGUUGAGGCUGUUGAACGAGCCUCUGGACUCGAGUUUGCCACUAAGCUCCCUGUUCAGCGAAGAAAACGACUCUGCUCUGACACCACUUGCUCUCUUGUCAUCCGAGAUUAUGCUGAUCGCCAGAAGGCCUUUGGCAAGGGUGAUAAGAAGGCUAUUACUGGAGGAAACUAA